AUGGAAUCCCCCGUGGGCGGCACCUCUCUGUCCGAAGUGGUCCGCACAGUCAAUGACUCCCUAGAACCAGCGACGGGACCUGGGGUGGCGAGGAGGCAGGUAGACGCGGCCCUCAUACAGAGCGUACUCUCGGGAAUGACGGCGGACCCGAGGACGGGAAGGGUAUCGACUGCAACGCUCGUCUCCCGUAUUCUACAUGCCACGAUCCGCCCGCCUACCGCGAUACCGACGUCGAAGCCGACGUCGACGCGGCCUCCGCAGCGCGCCCACAAGAAGAUGCCAGUGGAGCUCUGGCUGCUCGUAUUUUCCCACCUAGGGAAGGAAGAUCUCGUCAACCUCGCGUCCACAUGUAAACACAUCGGCGCCAUUGCAGAGGCGACCUUUUACCGGGCCAUGAGCGUCCGCUCCUCCUUGGUCAUCACAGCGACCACAGCUUUAUCCGCGAGGCAUCGCGCGGACGCGGUGAGGUCUCUCACCGUCUCGCUCGACGGUGUGGCGGGAUACGCGAAUUGCGCCGGCGUCGUCUUGCGCCUGGCGGGCGCGCUCUCUCAGCUUCCAAGUUUGAGGGAGCUCGCCGUCACCGGGGCCAAGCUACCUGAAGCUGCAGUGCGCGAUAUUCUCGCGGACUGCCCCUCGAAGCAGUUGGAGAAGUUCCACUGUGACUCGGACGUCCUGGUGCUUGCGUCCUGGUCGUCACUCACCAACCAGCGCAACCUAGAGGACUUCCGCGGGGUCUUCGACCAUGUACACGCGCCUCCACCACACGUCACGCCGGCCGCAUUCCCCAAGCUGCGUGUUCUGGACGCCGGCGCCCACUUCGUCAGCCGUAUCGGGCGGAAGAGCGGAGUGACGCACUUGUCUGUGCGCGUUUCUCGCGCGACGGCACCGAACGUCUUGGCGAGGGUCACAGAGGACCUUGGAGAGCAGCUGGUCGCCCUCCGAGUGGUGCGUAUGUUCCGCACGCCGCCACGAGGAGAUCCGUUCUGGGGCUCCGACUCCCCCGUCGUGCUUUGUAGCGCUCUGAAAGCGCCUGUCCUCAAGUUCUUUGAGUUGCGGGACAAGGCUCCUGUGAACGAGGGGUGGAAUGCUGCCCGAGAGGCCCUCCGCUCGCAACCCGAGUUUGGGCACGCCUUCCGCACCGCCCAGGAGGCGCGCACACCGGCGCUAUGGACCGUGCUUUGGAGGCCGAUGUGGGAAGGGUCGGCACAGUUGGUGAAGACGGUGGUGCGAGACUAUGUUCUGGACGCGAUGGCAUUGCUACCUAGCGUGCGAAACGUGGGCAUGCCUAUCAUCGAGAGCGUCGCGAGGGUGCCGGGCUCCAGGGCUACGGAAGGCUGGUCUGUUUGGGAAUGGCUGGAAGACAUGGAAGGAGGUCCAGCUGCACCGGAUUGGUGGGAAGGCGAUGGAACGGUGAAGCAGUUGGACUUGUACGCCUCGUUGGAGGACACAUGGGCGACUUUCCCAUAG